AUGACAACUCUAACGAAUCAUAAGAAAGCUGUCAGAGCAACGGCGCUCCAUCCAACAAAGAAUGCUUCUGUUUCUGCAUCGGCUGAUAACAUCAAGAAGUUUAGCCUUAAUCCUAAGGGAGAGUUUCGCCACAACAUGCUUUCUCAGCAAAGAGCCACAAUCAACGCAGUGGCUGUGAAUGAGGAUGGUGUAAUGGUCACUGGAGGUGAUAAUGGAAGCUUAUGGUUCUGGGAUUGGAAGAGUGGUCACAGUUUCCAACAGGCACAAGCUAUUGUACAGCCUGGUUCGCUGGAGAAUGAAGCUGGUAUAUAUGCAGCGUGUUACGAUCAGACGGGUUCAAGGCUGGUAACGUGUGAGGCAGACAAGACCAUAAAGAUGUGGAAGGAAGACGAGAACGCAACUCCUGAAACCCAUCCUCUUAACAAAGAGAUCAGACGCUUCUGA